AAAUACAAUCCUAAAUGUUCCUUUUUGUCUUCAGCAGCUUAUCACCAAGGUUCUGCGGGCAGUGAACGAAGUUCUGGACCAAUCCGGUGCCAGCGAUGUCGGGAAGCAUGCAAAGGAGAGGUGGUACGAGUACAAGACACCCAUUUUCACGUCAAGUGUUUCACCUGUACCGUGUGCAACUGUGAUCUGGCACGAUCUGGCUUCUUCCAGAAGAAGGGCGAGUACAUCUGCACGGCAGACUAUCAGCGUCUGUACGGCACACGCUGCGACCGCUGUGACAGCUUCAUCACAGGAGAGGUGGUCUCCGCUCUGGGGCGCACGUACCACCCCAAGUGCUUUGUCUGCAGUCUCUGCAGUAAACCCUUCCCCAUUGGAGACAGAGUGACGUUCAGCGGAAAGGACUGCGUGUGCCAGCAGUGCUCGCACACACUCGUCAAGCCAAAUGAACCGAUCAAGAUCCACGGACCCAGCCACUGUGCCGGGUGUGGAGAUGAGAUCAAGCAGGGUCAGUCUCUCCUGGCGUUGGAGAAACAGUGGCAUGUCAGCUGCUUCAGAUGUCGUACCUGCAACAUGGUCCUCACCGGAGAGUACAUCAGCAAGGAUGGAGUGCCAUACUGUGAGGCAGAUUACCACGCCCAGUAUGGGGUGAAAUGUGAAACCUGCAGCAGAUACAUCAGUGGAAGGGUUCUGGAGGCGGGAGGGAAACAUUACCAUCCGACCUGCGCUCGAUGCUCCCGCUGUAACAUGAUGUUCAAAGAGGGAGAGGAAAUGUACCUGACAGGAUGUGAGGUGUGGCACCCAUUAUGCAAGCAGGCGGCGAGGGCAGAGAGGAGACUCAGGCACAGACGCCUGUCAGAGGCCUCCAUCUCUCCACCAGGCUCCUCCAUAGGCUCUCCCAGUAGGGUUAUAUGUCUUAAUUUGAAGGUAGUUACUCUGUGCAUUGCAGAAUUGGACUGGUUCCAUUUCAAAACGAGCAUUCAGCCAGAUAUGGAACAGUGCCCCAACUGUGCUGCUUGGCAGUCUGCUGCGUGUUGCUGCAUGUCCGCAAUAUUAGAGUGUCAAGGGUUGACUGCAU